AUGGCAUAUUUCAUGAGUAACUUAAUCAUGAAGCAUUCUAUUGACAAUUUGAUUGAAGAAGUAGAGAUAGUAACACCAGGUGAGGUGUUGGGAAGGGCCACAAAUCUCAAAGCAGGAAAAAGAGCUUAUGUAACAUAUCGUAACAAGACCAUCUAUGCUUUCCUCACUAGUUUCCGCUGCAUCAAAUCCCUUCCUCCUGAUCACCGGAGAUUGAUUGCGAAGGUAACUGGUAACAAAGCCCAUGGUCCUGUUUCGGAGUCCGGUUCUGUUGUCAUUGCCCGAGUUACAAAGGUGACAGCUAGGAUAACAUCAAUAGAUAGUAUGUGUGUUGGUACAGAGUCUGUGAGAGAAAAAUUUAGUGGUAUAAUUGGGCAACAAGAUGUUAGAGCAACUGAAAUUGACAAAGUGGAUAUGCACUUGUCAUUUCGUCCUAGUGACAUUGUCAGAGUUGUAGUGCUGUCCCUUGGAGAUGCACGGGCUUAUCAUCUAUCAACUGCUAAGAAUGAACUGAGUGUCAUCUCUGAUAAGAGCUCAGCAGGUGCAGCAACAAUGGUUCCAAUAAGUUGGGCGGAAAUGCAGUGUCCAUUGACAGGCCAACUUGAGCAAAGGAAGGUUGCAAAGGUUGAAAGUUAA